UGUUGCUGUGCUCACCACGGAUCUGUUGGAUUUGGUCAACGGUUCACUCACCACUGCUCCUCAGUCUCAAGGCAGCCGCUGCUGUAGCUUCAGUUCACAUCAGGAGGUGAGCCCCGGGCUCCGGACCGAGUGCUAGCCAUGAAUCGACAGUCCGAACCGACGUCCAGCACCCUGCAGCUGGUUGCUAACGACAUGACGGGCAUCAUGGAGAAGCUGGACACCCGCGAGCUCGACCUGGAGGACGGAGAGUACGACACGACCGACACCUGCGACACAGGCGAGCGAUUGCCCUUCAUGGUGAUCUACCACACGCUGGGUUUCAAGGAGCCCGAGGCCAAAGUGUUCCUGUCCUCUCCCAUCACGGCCAAGAUCCUGGAGGUGGAGCGCUUCACCAAGAACCAGGACCGCUUCAACGUCACGUCGCAGAGGAGUGUCAACAAGUCGUUGCCGGCGGUGUUUAAGAUCGAGUUGAAACACGGCGAGUUCACGUGGCUGGUGAAGAGGAAGGAGAAGCACUUCAUGGAUCUCCACAGAGAGUUGAGGACGUACAAGACCUUCAUGAGGCUGCCGCUGCCGUCACGCAGUCACACGGUGAAGAGGCAGACGGCGACGAGGAGCGAGAUGAUACCCAACCUCCCCAGAGGAGGACGGGAGGAGCUGGGCAGAGAGGAGCAAGUUUCCAGUCGCAGGAAACAGCUGGAAGAUUACUUGAACAACCUGCUGAAGAUGCCGAUGUACAGGAACUACCACGCGACGAUGGAGUUCAUCGAUGUGAGCCAGCUGUCCUUUAUCCACGAUCUGGGACCAAAAGGCUUAGAAGGAAUGGUCCUGAAGAGAUCCGGCGGCCAUCGGAUUCCCGGCCUGAACUGCUGUGGUCGCAGCAAAAUGUGCUAUCGCUGGUCCAAACGCUGGCUGGUGGUGAAGGACUCGUUCCUGCUGUACAUGAAGCCCGACUCGGGCGCCAUCUCCUUUGUGAUGCUGUUUGACAAAGAGUUCAGCAUCAAGAUGGACUCCAGCGACACGGAGACCAAACACGGCGUCCGCGUCGACAGUCUGUCCAGGUUGAGUCCAGAGAUCUUCCUGAAGAGGCCGGUUGUCGAAGGCAACCGCUGGCGUCUGGACUGCAUCCUGAAACGCAAAGCGCAACAAGGAGUGCGGAUAUUUGUGAUGCUGUACAAGGAGGUGGAGUUGGCGCUGGGCAUCAACUCGGGGUACAGCAAGAGGACGCUGCUGCAGCUCCACCCCAACAUCAAGGUCAUGCGUCACCCGAACCACGUCUCCUCCGCCGUGUACCUGUGGGCGCAUCACGAGAAGAUCAUCGUCAUCGACCAAUCAGUGGCCUUCGUCGGAGGAAUUGACCUCGCGUACGGCCGCUGGGACGACAGGGAACACCGGCUGACGGACGUUGGGAGUGUUACACGCGCGCAGUUGGAACAGGCUGAAGCGACCUCCUCCAACACGGCUGCCCCCGCCAACGGCAGCGGGGGCGUCUCCUCAAAAAACGGGAGGGGGAUCUUCACCGUGACGGACCCGGUGGACCAGCCCAGGCUGAGAGGUGUGGGGAAGGCGAGGAGGAGCAGGUUCAGCAUCAGGAGACACCUGCAGAAACACGGGCUGGCCCACGCCGACAGCGACAGCGACCUGGAGAGCGAAGAGCGAAGCGGCUCGGUGUGCAGUCUGCACACGGGGGUCGGGGAGUUGUUUGGAAACACGCGGUUCUGGCACGGUAAAGACUACUGCAACUUUGUGUUCAAGGACUGGAUUCAGCUGGACAAACCGUUCGAUGACUUCAUAGACAGACACACAACUCCCAGAAUGCCUUGGCACGACAUCGCCUCUGUGGUUCAUGGGAAAGCAGCUCGAGACGUGGCCAGACACUUCAUCCAGCGCUGGAACUUCACGAAGCUGGUGAAGGCGAAGUACACUUCCCUGUCGUACCCGUACCUGCUGCCCAAGUCUCACACCACGGCUGCAGAGCAGCGCUACCAAGUCCCCAACUGCAUCCACGCCAGAGUGCAGAUCCUCCGCUCGGCCGGGGACUGGUCCGCUGGCAUCAAAUACCACGAGGAGUCCAUCCACAACGCCUACGUCAGCACCAUCCAGAAGAGCCAGCACUUCAUCUACAUAGAGAAUCAGUUCUUCAUCAGCUGUGCAGACAACAAAACCGUUUUCAACAAGAUAGGAGACGCCAUUGCCGAGCGCAUUAUCAGAGCACAUAGGGAGGGUAAAAGGUACCGAGUGUACGUGGUGACGCCGCUGCUCCCGGGCUUUGAGGGAGACAUCAAAACCGGAGGGGGCAGCGCCCUCCAGGCCAUCAUGCACUUCAACUACAGGACUAUGAACAGAGGAGAUCACUCCAUCAUCUCCCAGCUGCGGAGAGAGAGUAAGUCAGAGAGCUGUGCUUAUGGCUGGAUUUUGCCACAUUUUUACAUUUUUUGGAGCUUGCAGCGCCGCCUGCUGGAGGACUCUGGGAUGUCACUGGUCUCCCUGUUCCCUCGUGUUCCUGCAGGUUCUGCCAACAUCAACGACCGGAGCAUGCUGGGAAAGAGAGACAGCGAGGUGGCCGUGAUCGUGGAGGACUCGGAGACGGUUACCGCGGUGAUGGACGGCCAGGAGUACCAAGCUGGAAAAUACGCUCUGCAGCUCCGCCUUGAGUGCUUCAAGGUGAUUUUGGGCGCUCACACCGAUCCCUCCAUCGACGUGUCGGAUCCCGUCAGUGACCAGUUCUACAAGGAGGUCUGGAUGGCCACCAGCGCUCGCAACGCCUCCAUCUACCAGAAGGUGUUCCGUGUUCUUCCGUCCAGCGACGUUCGAAACAUCCUGGAGCUAGAGGGCUACCUGGCCAAGCCGGGCCUGGACCGGGAGGACCCGGCCAAGGCUCACGAAGAGCUGAAGAAGAUCCGCGGCUUCGUGGUCCAGUUCCCUCUCCAGUUCCUGUGCGAGCAGAACCUGCUCCCCCCCAUCGGCUCCAAGGAGGCCAUGGUGCCCAUGGAGACCUGGACCUGAGACAGAGCGACCCACCUGUGUGUUCAUGUGUUCACGCGCUGCUUGUGGAAGACUUGCAGGCUGAUUAUGUCCACUCUGGGGCCAGUUUGGAGGUCAUAUUGGCUGAAAAUAGCUGAACCGCCCCCGUUUCAAGGUUUAUAUUUAUUUACUCCUUUAAACGUUUUUUUAAAGUUACGACAACGACCAACGAGCCUCCCAGGCAAGGGGUUUUCUUAGUCUCUGCACUACAGUGGUUCCCAACCCGUGGCCUGCGGACUAACACUGGCCCGUUGCACAUUUGCUGCUCAAAUGUAAUUUGAAAGCUGAAGGAAAAAGCCGAAUGAUAAUUACAACUGGUGUUUGUGCGGUUAAUACCUUGAUUUUGGCGCAGUCUGGCCGGGCAUCUUUCCACAGAAACAUUAUCCGUCUGAACUACAACACCUUUGGAGUUUAAAGGAUAGCUCGAGAGUCGCUGUACCGUAUAACGCUUGGUCAUGAGAUGCAAACGUCUGACCUUCUUAUGCCAAACUGCCCCUGCGCGGUUCGGCUCGACUCACUUUUGGUACCAGUAGUUUUCUCUAUUUCAUGUUUUUACGGCAGAUAUUACCGUAGUAGUAGUUGUACAAACCGUAAUUUUCCUUUAAAAUGUUGUUUGGAGUCACAGCUGCUGGUCCCAGAAGAUGAUGGGAUUCAGCUGCGGCCUGAGAGGAAACUCCAAGAGCGUGACAUGUUCUCAUUAUUU